AGAAGAAUAAUCUAGCUUUCUUACCGUUUACCUGUGUAUUUACACACGAAGUCUGUUUAAGACUCAUGUCCUUAUUAAGAUAAAAAUAGAUUUAAACCUUAAAAUUUUCUUUUAGAGAGAGGGAGAGAAAAAAAUUUGGUUCCGGUCUGUGACGUCACGCUAUCUCAGUACAUACCGGAUAAACUACUUCAUAUAUAACCAGGACUGAGAAGUGAGGAUUGUUUAAAACCUGGCAGUGGUAUUUUACAGUGGAGUACUAAUUGUUGGUCGUUUUCAGUUGUUAUGUGAGUUUCAACAGCUUCUGAAAUUGUGCGCGGUUUUCCUUGAGGUCAGAGUUUUUAUAGACUUAGUAUGGAAUGCGUGCCGUCAAGUUAUUAAUCUGUCGUCUGAAUAUGACCCUAUGACAUAAGGCAACUGAGAGAAGCCUGUUGUCUUUCUAUACUCGAUUCCUCAGGAAAUUAGACAAUGACCUUCAACACAGGGUUCGAUCCCUAUCAAGUCUUUGAGGUGGAACACAGAUCGUGUAAGAUUCUAAAUGUGAAGGUCGUCCGGGGCAGAAACAUCACGAAGGGAUGGAUGGAUUACGUGGACACCCCAGACCCGUACCUCAUUCUCCGGAUAAAAACGGCCCCAGAAGGCCGCAGACGAACAAAAACCAAGGACAACGAGGUCAACCCAGUCUGGAACGAGGAGUUUACGUUUUUCUUGGAUGGUGCAGUCGACAACAAAUUACAUAUGAUUUUGAUGGAGGCUAAUUAUGGAUCAUUGGAUCAAACGAUCGGGGAAGCUUGGUACUCACUGAACGACCUUCCCCCAAAUGAAGUGGUCACAAAGUCUUUCUUCUUCCCUAAGGAUGGGAAAUCGGAAGUUGAACUAGAAUUCCGGAUACACGAGGAGUAUGCAAUUUCUCGGAUCGCACGUUGUUUCCGACAGUUCAGCGAAAACCCUACUCUCCGGUAUAGUCUGUGCCUGUGUGAUCAGGAGAAAGAGUUUAGAGAAAAGAGAAGCGAUGUCGUCAUGAAGAAAAUGGUGGAAUUACUGGGAGAGGAGAGGGGACCACAGGAUAUUGAGGAGGUUCCGACAGUGGGCGUGAUAGGAUCCGGGGGCGGAUUCCGCGCCAUGGUGGCGUACAGUGGCGUCUUUAACGCUCUCAAGAAGUCCGGCAUUCUUGACGUCACUUCCUAUGUGGCUGGACUCUCCGGAUCGUCAUGGUAUGUCUCCACACUAUACUCGCACAAGGACUGGCCAGAGAUGCACCCCGGGGACAUGCAGGAGGAGUUAAUGAACAACAUUGACUCUAGUCUCAUCUGGCUGCUGUCCCCACAGAGUAUAUACCGCUACGUGGACCGGAUCCUCGAAAAACGCCGGAACGGACAACCUGUUAGUUUUACGGACAUCUUUGGACACCUCGUGGGGGAGACCCUUCUAAAAGACAGGUUAACUACAAAGUUGUCAGACAUGCGUGAAAAGGUCAAAGAUGGAAAAGUGCCACUUCCACUUAUGACGUGUGUAAACGUAAAAGCAGAUCGGUCAGCAAGAAGUUUUCAGGAAUGGGUUGAGUUUUCACCUUAUGAAAUUGGAAUGCCAAAAUAUGGAGCCUAUAUGAAUUCAGAACUGUUUGGAAGCAAGUUCUUCAUGGGCAAAUUGGUAAAAUCAUACGGAGAACCACCUCUUCAUUUCUUACAAGGGAUAUGGGGAAGUGCAUUCUGCAUCUUGUUUAAGAGGCUUCUUGAAGAUAACCGAAACAAGGACCCGGUGGAGAUGAUUAGGCAGGAAAUGGUGAAAUCACUGGAGCAGGCUCAGGAUGAGGAGUCCAGCGAUAGCAGCGAAGAUGAAGGCGAUGAUGAUGAUGAGGAGGAACUGGAACCAGAAAAAAAGGAACCAGUCAAAUCCGAAAACAACAAUGUGUUCAAGUUUCCUCCUACGGCUUCCAAGGGCAUGUCAAACGGACACCCUCGCUCAAGGCACGCCACCCUUAGAAAAACCAAACAAAAAGGGUACUGGCAAAACUUCCUAUCGGGCCUCUUGGAAAAUAAGCGGUUCGAGGUCCUAAACUCCCGCGCUGGCCGGGCCGGAGUGGUGCAUAAUUUUAUGAGGGGGUUGUCCCUCCAACAGGCCUUCCCCUUGUCUCCAUUUAACCCUGAGGAAUCAGGUGCUAAUGCCAACAGAGUAAGCGAUGAUUUUGACGGCUUGUUGGAGAUACAUCCUACCAAUGUCAAACGUCUCUACAUGGUAGACGCUGGUCUGACCUUCAAUUCACCCUACCCCCUUGUACUGCGACCCCAGAGGGCCGUGGAAAUAAUCCUGUCAUUUGAUUUCAGCGCCCGACCCAGCGACACUACCCCGCCUUUCAAGGAACUCAAACUGGCGGAGAAAUGGGCCAAUCUGAACAAACUGCCUUUUCCCCCGAUUGACGUAACGGUCUUUGAUCGAGAAGGAAUGAAAGAACUGUAUAUAUUCAAGCAUCCAACAGAUCCAUACUGUCCAAUAGUUCUCCAUUUUUGUCUCGUUAAUAUUGAAUUUCGCAGAUUUAAAGCUCCAGGUGUACCGAGAGAAACAAACGAAGAAAUCAAAUUUGCCGCGUUUGAUAUAUUCGAUGACAAAGAAUCGCCAUAUUCUACGUUUAACUUCAAGUAUUCCCACGAAGCAUUCAAAAGACUUUCAAAACUGACUGAAUUUAAUACAUUACUCCAUGUCGAGGACAUCAAGAAUGUGAUAGCAGACGUUAUUAAAAACAAACGCGAAAAUGGACCAAAGAUCCCGAUAUCUGUGAACGAAAUCAAUAAUUUACAACGGGUAAGUAAAAAGAACCGACAGCGAUUAAGCAAAUUUGUCAGCAAAAUGAAAGAAGGAAGUUUGCGUCGAAAAAGCGGAAGUGACGCGCAACAAUCAACAAAGGGGCAUAGCCCAUUGACAAAAGCAGAAAGUGACGCGUUGGGAAAGAAGAAGAGACCUCAAAUGACAAUCAAAGGAACCAGGCGGGUUUAUCGCACUAGCGCCGCCCCUGACCCGUCUCUGACGUCACCGCGGGAGGACGAGGAAUGGGAUUCGGUGGAUGCGGUGGUCGUUAGGUCGCGCACCACCAAAGGUCGCGUGUACGCCACGGAGGAGAAAUUCAUGACGGCGGCGGAAGGACCUCCGGGAGACAUCUGGGCGGAUCCCGUGUGUCAUUCUGACGAGGAGGAGGAGUUCUACGUGUGUAUGUCAGACAAUGAGGACGAUUUUGCAGACGCAGUUUAGCGCGUAUAUACCGAAUAGAGGUGGAAGUUUGUAUAAAUGGUGUUUACAGUUUGAAAGCGUAAAUGUAUAGUCUGUAACAUUAAUUUUCUUCGCAAAGAAUUUGAUUCCCAUAGCGAAGUCGCUCUCAGCCAGUUUCAUAUAUUAUGGUUCUUGGCUGUAGAUAAAGCAUUGUAAUUUUAUUUUUUUAAUCUUGGACCACUUAAUUAUUUUUGGAUGUAUAAUCGCCAGCUUUAGGAAUGUUUAUAACAAUAUAGAAAUUCAACAAAUAAAGGGACGACAGGAAUUAAAACUUUGUAAGGAUAAUGCUUGGCAAAACGUCUCUGUCUCAUAAGAUAAUAGUACUUAGUUUUUAAUAAAAAGAUUUGUCAUUUAAAUGAAAUCUUAUCACGGGAUUUUAUUUUCAUUUUUAAAUCCCUGCUUUUUGGUUGGCAAUUGUUCGAAAAUUCUUGUUUUGUCUCCGUCUUUUCAUAAAUUCCGAUAGACAUCGCGACGAAAAUCGUUAUCUUUCCUUUAAUCAAAAUUGGUCCAAAGACACUAUGUAGUUUUUCUUUUUACAUUACAUGUACAUUACAGCCCUGUGAAAUUGACACGUUGUGCUCCUGGGUAUAUAUUUUAUUUCCAGUCUGUCUCAUUAUUUUGAGUACAAAUAAACCUUAGUCAUCAAAAAAGGCUAUAUCAACCUGUUAUUAGACAAGCAAGUGUAAUGACUUGCGUGCGUGUUUUAAAUCCUGGGAAACUUAAGUUUUAGAGAGCUAAAUUUUACCACUCAACGUUCUUUGUGAGACCGAUGUACAUGUGUAUUGAAUCGUCAUAUUAAUUAUCAAGUAAUUGAAAACAAUCAAUCAAAAAUUUUUUUUUUAUGGUAAGGUUACAAAUUAAUUGACGUCAAUUUUAAUGUAAUAGGAAAACUUGGAUUUUAUUUUGUAUAUUGAAUGCUGCAAUUCUGUAGAUGUACGGGAAAUUUCGGGUUUACGUGCCAAAUGUGGAAAACUAAAUACAAGUUAUGAAAGUGAAAUCGCUUUCAAUUGUAAACGAAUUUUUAUCUUAAACGUAUAUUUACGUGAAAUUAUAAAACUUUAAUCAAUGCUGAUUCUUUAUUAGAAAGCAUAAAUACAUCAGACAUGAUUUUAUUUAUUUUUACAGAAAACUAAACUUCGAUAUAUGCAACAAGUGCUUGUCAUUUAACACGAUAUUGUAUCUUUAACAAUCAAUCGCGACUAUCAAAUUAUAUGUCAAUUUAUUUUUUUUUAUUCUGGUUAUUUCCAAUUGCAGAUUGUGACAUGUAUCGCUAUUAGCUAUGAUAAUCAAACUGA